GGCCUGAAUGUACAACCAGACCCCGAAGGACUCCCCAUGACAGUUGUGUUUGGCCUGCCUUUCUUAAGAAGCAAUUUUGCUCAAGAUUUUCAUCUCUCUCCCUCCUCCUCCUCCACCAGCAAAGUUCCCUGUUCAUAUAUCCAAGCUGAACCACCCACCAACAAGUCCCUGUCUAGCCUCGUGGUACAAUUGCUACAAUUCCAAGAGGAGGUCUUUGGCAAGCAUGUGAGCAACGCACCACUCACCAAACUUCCGAUCAAAUGUUUCCUAGAUUUCAAAGCGGGAGGCUCCCUUUGUCACAUCCUUGCAGCUGCUUACAAGUUCAAGAGUGACCAGGGAUGGCGGCGUUACGAUUUCCAGAAUCCAUCCCGCAUGGACCGAAAUGUGGAAAUGUUCAUGACCAUUGAGAAGUCCCUGGUGCAGAAUAACUGUUUGGCAAGACCCAAUAUUUUCCUACACCCAGAGAUUGACCUCAAGCUGCUAGGGAAACUGAAGGAUAUUAUCAAAAGGCAUCAGGGAACAGUCACUGAAGAUAAGAACAAUGCCUCUCACAUAGUAUGCCCUGUUCCUGGGAACCUGGAGGAAGAGGAAUGGGUACGACCAGUCAUGAAGAGGGACAAACAAGUUCUUUUGCACUGGGGCUACUAUCCUGACAGUUAUGACACCUGGAUUCCAGCCAGUGAAAUAGAAGCUUCUGUGGAAGAUGCCCCUACACCUGAGAAACCAAGGAAGGUUCAUGCAAAAUGGAUUCUGGACACGGAUACUUUCAACGAAUGGAUGAAUGAAGAAGACUAUGAAGUGAACGAUGACAAAAACCCUGUGUCCCGACGUAAGAAGAUCUCGGCUAAGACGCUGACAGAUGAGGUGAACAGCCCAGAUUCAGACAGGCGAGACAAGAAGGGCAGUAACUACAAGAAAAGAAAGCGUUCUCCUUCCCCCUCUCCGACCCCUGAAGCCAAAAAGAAAAAUGCAAAGAAGGGGCCCUCAACACCUUACACUAAAUCAAAGCGUGGCCACCGAGAAGAAGAACAAGAGGAUUUGACCAAGGACAUGGAUGAACCCUCACCAGUCCCCAAUGUGGAAGAAGUGACACUGCCCAAGACGGUCAAUACCAAGAAGGACUCAGAAUCGGCACCAGUUAAAGGAGGCACCAUGACUGACCUUGAUGAGCAGGAGGAUGAGAGCAUGGAGACUGCAGGCAAGGAUGAGGAUGAGAGCAGCACUGGCAACAAGGGCGAACAGGCCAAGAACCCGGACCUGCAUGAAGACAACGUGACCGAACAGACCCACCACAUCAUCAUCCCUAGCUACGCGGCCUGGUUUGACUAUAAUAGCGUCCAUGCUAUUGAGAGGAGGGCUCUGCCAGAAUUCUUCAAUGGCAAGAACAAAUCCAAGACUCCAGAGAUCUACCUGGCCUAUCGAAACUUCAUGAUCGAUACCUACCGCCUGAACCCACAAGAGUACCUCACCUCCACUGCCUGCCGCCGGAACCUGGCAGGUGAUGUCUGUGCCAUCAUGAGGGUCCAUGCCUUCCUGGAACAGUGGGGUCUGAUCAACUACCAGGUGGAUGCAGAGAGUCGUCCAACUCCUAUGGGACCCCCGCCUACUUCUCACUUCCAUGUCCUAGCUGACACACCCUCAGGGCUAGUACCCCUGCAGCCCAAGACACCCCAGGGCCGCCAAGUGGAUGCUGACAACAAGGCUGGGCGAAAAGGCAAAGAGCUAGAUGAUCUGGUGCCGGAGACAGCUAAGGGGAAGCCAGAGCUGCAGACCUCAGCUUCCCAGCAAAUGCUCAACUUUCCUGACAAAGGCAAAGAGAAACCAACAGACAUGCAGAAUUUUGGACUACGAACAGAUAUGUACACCAAAAAGAAUGUACCCUCCAAGAGCAAAGCCGCAGCCAGUGCAACCCGAGAGUGGACAGAACAGGAGACACUACUACUUCUGGAGGCACUGGAAAUGUACAAAGAUGACUGGAACAAGGUGUCGGAGCACGUAGGGAGUCGUACACAGGAUGAAUGCAUCCUGCACUUCCUCCGUUUGCCCAUUGAGGACCCAUAUCUUGAAGACUCCGAGGCCUCGCUGGGCCCCCUGGCCUACCAGCCUAUCCCUUUCAGCCAGUCUGGCAACCCCGUCAUGAGCACCGUUGCCUUCCUGGCCUCUGUGGUUGACCCCCGAGUGGCUUCUGCUGCUGCCAAGUCGGCCUUAGAGGAGUUCUCCAAGAUGAAAGAGGAGGUUCCCACAGCCCUGGUGGAGGCCCAUGUUCGAAAGGUGGAGGAAGCAGCCAAGAUGACGGGCAAGGCAGACCCGUCCUUUGGUUUGGAGAGUAGUGGUAUCGCAGGAACCACCUCUGAUGAACCUGAUCGGAUUGAAGAAAGUGGAACUGAUGAGCCUCGGGCAGAAAACCAGGCUGCAGAGGAAAAGAAAGAACCUAAGGAACCUCGGGAAGGAGGAACUGCCACAGAGGAAGAAGUGAAGGAUAAACCGAGUGAAGCACCCAAAAAGGAGGAAGAGAAGGGGAAGGAAGGGGAUAUGGAGAAAGAAUCAGAGAAGAGUGAUGGGGACCCCAUGGUUGACCAGGAAAAAGAGAAAGAGCCAAAGGAAGGGCAGGAGGAGGUCCUAAAGGAUGUGGUAGAGGCUGAGGGAGAAAGGAAAACCAAAGUGGAGCGGGACAUUGGUGAAGGCAACCUCUCCACUGCAGCUGCUGCUGCUUUGGCAGCAGCUGCUGUAAAAGCCAAGCACUUGGCUGCCGUUGAAGAGAGGAAGAUCAAGUCCCUGGUGGCCCUGCUAGUAGAGACUCAGAUGAAGAAGCUGGAGAUCAAGCUUCGGCACUUUGAAGAGCUGGAGACUAUCAUGGACCGGGAGCGAGAGGCCCUGGAAUACCAGAGGCAACAGCUUCUGGCUGACAGACAAGCCUUCCACAUGGAACAGCUGAAGUACGCAGAGAUGAGGGCACGGCAGCAGCACUUCCAGCAAAUGCACCAACAGCAACAGCAACCUCCCCAAAACUUACCCCCCGGCUCCCAGCCAGUUCCAUCCACAGGAGCCUCUGUGCCACCCCCUGCCCACAGCUUGGCUGUGGCUCCACCCUCUGUGGCCCCUACUCCUGCUGGCACUGGAGCCCCUCCUGGUGGCUUGGCCCCCACUGAACAGAUGGGACAGACAGGGUCAGCCUCAGGGUCACAACAGCUACAGCCAGCCGGAGCUCCCCAACCUGGGACUGUGCCACCUGGAGCACCCCCCACUGGACCCCAUGGCCCCUCACCGUUCCCCAGCCAACAAACUCCUCCCUCAAUGAUACCAGGGGCAGUGCCAGGCAGUGGGCACCCAAGUGUGGCCGGUAAUGCUCCUUUGGGUUUGCCUUUCAGCAUGCCACCUCCUCCUCUUCCUCCUCCUCCAUCAUCCAUCAUCCCAUUUAGUAGCCUAGCUGAUUCCAUCAAUAUUAACCUCCCUCCUCCUAACCUGCAUGGGCAUCACCACCAUCUUCCGUUUGCCCCGGGAACCCUCCCCCCACCUAACCUGCCUGUGUCCAUGGCGAGCCCUCUACAUCCUAACCUGCCGGCGACUACCACCAUGUCAUCCUCCUUGCCUCUCGGGCCAGGGCUGGGAUCCGCUGCGGCCCAGAGCCCUGCUAUUGUGGCAGCUGUUCAGGGCAACUUCAUGCCCAGUGCCAGCCUGCUGCCAGACCCAGGCACCCCGAUACCCCCAGACCCUACAGCUCCUAGCCCUGGCACGGUGACCCCAGUGCCACCGCAGUGAGGAGCCAGCAGGACACCUCUUCUCUGCCCAUUCCCGGUUUGGAGACUUGGCCUCCUGGAACCGCCUGCCCACCCCAAGGGACAGAAUGUGCUGCCUCCCCCAAACCCUUUACAAGGUGGACCUCUCCCCGCCUGGACAACCCAGCACUACGUAAGGAAAGGCCUCUUCCCCUUCCCUACCAUGCCCGUUUGUGCCUCACAGGCAUAAAUUUGCUAUCUGAUUGUAUGAAGAUUUGUAUUUAAGAGAGAUUUACUGAUGUCUGGGGCAGGCACUAGGAGAGCACAGCCCAGGGAUGGGGGGCUAGUAGGGAGUUGUUGGCUGUGGGUACUUAGACCAGGUUCUGAUUAACCACUUCUGGGGCACCGCCCCCUCUUAAUGCAGCUUUGUGGAAUUCUUUUUAAGAGAAAAUAAAUUCAAACACUUUUAAAAGGAAAGAAGGAAAGGGAGAGGAAACCCACCCAUUAACGCUUUCCCUCUUCUCUUCCUCCAAUGCAAAAGAAAGGUUGAAGGGGAUGCGAUGGAUCGACAAGAGCAGGGCGAGAGCUAGAGGGAACUCUAGAGGGAGACAGUAGCCUCUGGGCUCCCCACCCUUUCCCUAGCUUCAGCACCCCAACUCUUGUGAGGUCCCGUCAGUCCUCUCCCCAGAUCAUUGAGAAUAAACUGCUGCUGCUGCUUCCUCAGAUAAUGUCACUGUUUUAGGCCCUCCCUCCUGUCCCCAGCUAGGCAAAUCCCUCUAAAUGUUAGUUUUGUUUGUGUUUUUUUUUAAUUGGCUGCUUAGAGUGUGAGUAUGAGUGCAUGUGUGUGUGAGUGUGAGUGUGAGUGUUUGGGGGGGGGCAGGUGGGCGGGGAAAGGCCCCUUGGGGAUUUAGAGCUCUUCAGAAGAUGCUCGGGAGGAGGGGCCAGAGUCUGCAUCCCAGCUGCCUAAACUUAAAUGAGGGGAUGAAAGGCAGAGUUGACAGAAGAUGGAAUGUUUUGAAAACCUGAAAUGAGAAUGAAAAAAGAAAGCACUUAAGCACCUCCCUCCUGUGAUCUCAACCCUUCCCCUCUCCGAGAGCACCAGAAGCAUUCAAUUCUCCAAGUGAUCCAUCAUCUCUGGAACCUGGGGCUGCAGGGAGGAAAGUGGGGUGUCCUGGGGAGCCAAGGGCUCCUGCCAGCAGCUCUCCCACUGAGUUCUUGCUUCAUCCUGGAUAUAAAAGCAAGCUGACUUGGAUCUACCCUCCUCCUGGAGCCAGCUCCCCCCUCCCCACCCCCAGCCUCUUUGACAAUGUACCCACACUUACUCUUCCCCUCCUGUCUGUGGCUCAGCACCUUCUCCUGUUAAAAAGUCUUCUGUAAAUUUCCUUUUUUUUUUUAUAAAUUAAUUUUGCUUUUCACUUCCA